AUGCUUGAGCUAUGGAUUGGUUGUGGCGAAUAUGUUCUUUUACAACUGGAUUAUCAUCUAAACACUAUACUAAAACUCAACUCUAAUUCAUCAAAAAUUAAGAAUCUCAAUUCAACAUCAAUACUUAAUCACUCUGAAAUUAAUAAUUGUGUUGAUUCAUUAGCUAAUACUAAUAUUAAUUCUGUUAUUGAUCCAUCAAUAGAAAACUUUGUGUACUUUGUUUUAUCAAAAAAGAAAGAAGAUAAUCUCAAAAACGUGUUCUCCUCAUCUACAUCAUCUUUACCACCAUUACUAUCAAUUCUAUUACUAGCAAUAAUAUCACCUUACUUUCAUUCAAGUGUUCCAAAUUUUGUUGAAUCUGAUAUAGUGCAAGAUACAUCUGAAUUGCUUCUGGAUUAUCCAAAUAUAGACAUUCUACAACAACAACAAGCAUUGCAAAUCUACAACACACCAGAAUAUAUUAUUAGUAGCCCACAAUUAUUCUUGUCAAUUAAACAUAUAAGUCCACCUGGUACAAAUUCACCAUCCUACUCUCCCAUCUCAAAUCCAUCCUACUCUCCAUACUACUUCCAUCACUCAACUACAAAUUCCUCAUCACCAUUUCCUAUUUGUUGUCAGUGUCUUUUUUGUAUAGAAGCCGGUACAAGUGGCAGUGAUGAUAGUACUUGUGUUGGCAGAAGUGGUAAUUGUUAUCAAAUCGGAGAAUGUUCAGAUUAUUCAGAUUAUGAUGACAAUAGUAAGGAAGAAUUUUUAAGUUCACCUUAUAAAUCUCAAGAAAGUACACCGUUGGUUUAUCAUCAUCAUGAUAUUAACGGUAGAUCACCAUCAUCGUUGGGAGCUUUCACGCCUAUAAAUAUGGGAGGGAUUAGUCCAGUUAAUAUAUAUGGAUCACCAAUGGCUGCUAAUGGAAAUUCAUCAUCAUCCUCCCCCCCUUCUUCAUAUAAACAACAGCAACAACAACAUUUAUCAUCAACAAUGUCAUAUCCUUUAGCAAGAGAA